AUUAUCUUAUUUUAAAUACAUUGUGAUUUGACGGAAUAACCAAAUAAUUUAAUUUUAAUGUUUAACUAUAUUUAAAGAAAUCUUGAGAAAAAAAAAUUUGGUUUGUGAGUGAAACUGCUGAAACUGUAGUAAUGUCAAGAUAUUCAGUUUGUACAGAAAGGAUUAUUUUUGUGUAAUACUCAUCUGGUAGCUUAUGUAUUUUCAUUUCUGAAUGUGGAAACAAACCUACCUUUCUAGGUUGAAGAUAAAAUUAGAGAGGGCACGCAGGCCAUAUACUUAAAACUUGUGAUGUGUACAGUAUCCAGGCAGCCUGCAUUAUCGCACUGUGUUACAGCACUGUUGUCAUUAUAGCAAUAAUUUGUUCAUGAUGUCAAAGAAACCAUAGACUAAAAGCAGUUGGGUUAUAUUCAAAUACUAGUGCCAGAUAAAAAUCCCACUCAGGUCAGAUGGCAUUUAUUUUAGGUUAUACCUGUGUUCCUCUCAGUCCUGUGGCUCAGAUUUUCUCAUGUUACUAAUACCUUUCAGCUUGUUCAUUAUAACUCUUAGUAAUUUGAUUCUCAGGAAGUGUUUUAACGCUUAUAGUUCCAGAAUUUAUUAGAUCUAGGGUAAGAAAUUGCAUGAAAUGAUACCUAUUACAUUGACUCUCUGUAUGCAACUUGCCUACUAUGGUUCAGGUUCCUGGUUGUUGAAGCAGUAAAUUAACAGGAGUGGAGGCAAAUAUAAAUUUUUAUAUUCAUGAGUAACUUAAAAGUUAUCUUCACAUAUUGGCAAUGAAGGGUUAAAGAUAUUUUUAAUGUUCAGGAAAUGCAUUCUGGACUUAUUCUGUGGAAAGGAAUAACAUCACUAGUCAUUGUGUUGUUUGAUGAAAAUUCAGUUACUUUGGAGUAACCAUUAAUAUAAUUUUAUUAUUAAUUAUCUUUCGUUGUGUUGGGGCAACAACUGGUAUGGUGUGUCAAAUAUUCUCUCCUGUGUAAUUAUGAAAUUUAUGUGAACAUUCUGAAACCUUAUAUAUAUUUAUGUAUAUACAAAGGAUCACUGAAAAAGAAAUUACUGUAUUCUAAAUGACCAGCAACUAAAUGAAUAAGUAGAAUCUUCAAUGACAUAUGGCCUUAUUAAAACUGUAUUUGAGGCUGUAGCCAGAAAUUGGCCUUUAUUGAAAUAUAAACAUGAAGCAAAAGAUGACAAGCUACUAUGAAGACAACAUCGUUCAUUGCACGUAUCAUUUUUAUAAUCAUAAUCAUUCGUUGGUAAGCUAGGAAGAAUAUUUCUGCAGACUUGAAUUUUCUAAUUAUUUUUCCUGAAAAAUGGAAACUUGGUUUGUUAUUAGAGAUUUUAUUACACACCCCUACAGAAUGCCUACAAACAUUAUUUUGACACAAGAAAAACUGUUAUUUAAAACAUGUUAAAUAUAAUUUGUGUGUGAGAAAAUAAUUUUUUCCUGAAUUUCUGUAGAAAGAUAGGCACAGUUAUGCACUAACGGAAAAACACUAUUCUUCACAGAAUGGAUCAUGAAGCCAAAUACUAGAAUGUACAUGGCAUGAGAGUAUGUGUAUGUGUAUAUAUAUAUAUAUAUAUAUAUAUAUAUAUAUAUAUAUGCAUGUAUGUGUGCGUGUCUGUGUGUGUGUGAGGAAGACAGUGAAAUGAUCUCAUUGUGUUGAAAACAAAGAAGAGACAUGGCUAAGACAUUAACUCUAAACAGUGUUCAUCAACUAGGCUGUCAAGUGAAGUGGCAGUGUGGAAACUUUAGUGUCUACAUCAUGGUGAUGUGAUGUGUUGAGUGGUUCACUAAAUUUCUCUUCAUUGAGCCACCUGUCUUCUUCAGGGUUGAUGACAAUCUGAGCUGGAGCCUGUUAAAGAUUAUUUUGUGGACCAGAGGGUGUUUGACUCUGAAGGAGGCAGCAUGAAUUAGUUUGCUUUCUUCCUGAGACAAAACUGCACGCUAUCACUUAAACAUUUCCAUAGUUUUACACCAAGUUGUAAGUAAAUGCACAAUGAAUGCUUCACUAAUACCAAAAAAGAUAUGUAUAUAUUAGAAUAUAAAGAUAUAGUAUGUGAACUUAUUCUAUGAAUUCUACAGGUGCUCCAGUCUUUUUUAAUAUGAUCUGUGGGGUUUGUGCAUCAAAACCUCUUAUUCUAAUUGCUUCUGGGAUUUAAAUCUUCUUUAACCGCUUUGGCAACCAUUUUGUUGUAUAAGCAGUGCAUUCAAAUUGUUUCUGUUGGGGACUUUUUGCCAGGCCUUCAACAAGCAGGUUCUUAAACUAACUGUUCUUCUCCACAUGGUGUUGAGGUUAAUAAUUCAGCCCCCCAUACAUGGUAUAGUGAAUAAUUGAUCAUAGGAAGAGCAUUACUUUUAUAAGACAACAUAAUACAUAAAACUGAGGAAUUCUUUAGUCUGGGAAAUGUUUUGUUAGCUGAAGUGUAGAUAUUGUGUAUUUUCCUAAAUGGGUUGAAUGCAUAUUCCAUUUCAGUUACAUUGAAGUUCUCAUUUAAUGAAUUUGAACACUGAGAAAACCGUUCAAUGGACGGAAUUGAGCACCAAGACUAUUGAUUUAGAAUCACUGAAAUUGAUCCAUAAAUGAGGAAAAAACCUUAGAUUGAGAAGUGUUCAUAUUGGGUUCCACUGUUCACAAGUUUUAAAAAUGUGUACUUCAUAUUCCUGCUUGGUCAUUGUUCUGGUAACGUAUCAUAUGAUACUAACUUUUAUCAGUUUUUUAGGACUGAAAAAGUUGUUGAAACCAUAAAUAUCAUCAACAGUAUUUACAAUAAAGGUGUCCCUUAUUUAUAUAUGCAAUUUAUAUUUGAAAUUUUUAUUGCUGUUCCUAUUAACAAAAUUGAAGGGAAAGAUAUUAUUUUUAACAAACAUAAAUUGAGGAGUUCCAGUGGACAAAGACAAAACAAAAAUUAAAUUACUUCAGUAGCAGUUUCAGAACCUUCAUGCAGUAAGUGAAAAGAAUUCGUAAUUCCUAUUCAGAUUUGUAGUUCAAUUUUGAACAGCUCUUAGAGUUAAUAGUCCUCUAAAUAUGCAUUUGUUUUGAUGUGAAGGAUUAUACAAUUAGAUAAAUAAAAGGACUCAUCCAAAUAACUCUUCUUUCAUUUGAUUUUCUGUAACACUCUACUUGUCUUUCUAUAAUGCUAGUAUGCUUUUCUUGAUAACAUUUUAUAAUUAGGAUGUGUGCUUAUAUGACAAAUACUCAGGAAGUAAAUUUACAGAGCAUGUAUCUUGAAGUGAUUUACUAAAUCUUCAGUCUGUGUCAAACUUUUAUACAGUCAUAACCCAAACUGGAUGAAUUUUUGUAGCUUCUGUCCAUCAAAGCCAGUGUCCUGUUCUUUCAGCCAUUAUUUCACUGCUGCUUCCAUACUGCCAUCUGUUUUAAAUCAUUGAAUUCCAAGAUAUUGUUUCGUGUGUUUGUAGCAUUGGCAAGCAUCCAGGAGGCUAGAUUUAAUACUUAUGAUGUAGAAAUAGCAGUGAAAGCAGUGACUUAAGUAGGCAGGGUAUAGAAAAAGUCAUCAUCCUAUGAUAUGAUGUCUCACUCUUGAUGGGGAAUGCAUAUAAAAAUCGUUUGUCACACGUUGGUGUAUUGUCAGUAUUAAGGAUUCAGUUAACCAUUUUACAAAGAUAUAUGAUUUCUGGUUGCCCCCUCAUAGUUUAAUCCUACAGAAGAUCAUGUGAGAUUUAUGGUAGACAAACUAGCAGUAGGGCAGGGUUUUCUAUGAGUACUUCGAUAGUUCUUCCCUGCCAACUAUCAUUCUAGAUUUACAAUAAACCCAAAUGGCCAAUAUGAAACAACCCAGGUCAAUGGGUGGUACUUUGCCUCCAAACUUGACUUUGAAUGAGGAAGUCUUGUUUUUGAAGGCUGUUCUGUUGCCAUAAACAUUACACUACUUGUCACUGUUCUUUUGGGUUAUGACACCAUGUGGACUUGUAGGUAGAUACCAGAGUUUCAGAGAAAUAUAUUGUCUCGAUCUUGGUGUCUUCCUACAAGUCAACAUGGCAUCACAACCCAGAACAACACUGAAGUCUUCAUCACUGUUAGAACCCAAAUCAUACUACUUGUCUGUAUUUUACAUAUUGUAAUUGUUGGUAUGGUGAUUAAUUUAUUAGGAUGAAAAAAGCACUAAUCAGGACUUGAAUCAAGAAAGGAGGUCUUGAGGAUGAUUCAACUUUGACCUUGUUAACAUCAAAACUUUGUAUUGAUGUUAACUGCUGCUUUCAGUAAUGAAAUUUUUAGGGGUCAUGACCUAUUUUAAGCUAAUUUCCCAACAUUGCCUGGAUUAGCUGAAGAAAGACAUUAAAAAUUAUGUCAGUAUCACUGGUCUCUGGACCAGGAAUUAAAUCAGGAAUCAGCCAAGUGUGGAGCAAUAAUGCUGAACUUAACAACAAUGUUUGCUGCCAUCUAUAGUAUGACAUACACCAUGCAGUGUUUCAUAUCAUGUUGCCAUUUGGGUUAAAGAGUGUUAUGAUUUACCAGAAGCAUUAUGUUCCUGUAAUACUAUGUACUUGAUUUGUAUUUUGUUCCAUCCAUUAUAAUACAUGUUAAAGAAUUUUUGGUGAAUGACUAAAUGAUAACUGUAAAAAGUCUGUCUUUAAAAAUUAAGGCAAAUACAGCAGCAGGGAAGCUCUUAAAAAUGGUUCUGAAAUUAAUUAUGUGACAGAAAAUCCAACAGAACUGAUGAUUCUUUACUCACAUAUGAUUUAAAAUAAUAUAUCCCAUCUAAGUGCUUCCCUAAGAACCAUCUUUUAUGCAUACAAAUUCUUCAUGAUAUUGGCUCUGGAAACGUGGGUAGAAUUAUUCUUAUCAGUAUAUUUUUGCUGCUGGAGUUCAGUGUGUAACUUUUGCUUUUAGGUGAGAGCCACAUUGAAUGUUAACACCAAACAUUCAACGCAGCUGUCUUGUGAAAGCCAAAGUUGUACACUGGAUACUGUUUUUGAGAAUGGAAGUAUGUCCCUUUGCUUCAUCUGUUGGUUCUUUAUCUGGCCUUAAAGUACACAUUGGACUUACUUAAAUUAAAAUUGAUUUUUUCAAAGGUAAGUUAAUGUAUGACAUUAAUGCAACAUUCCAAAUUUUUGUGCCAUCUUCAGAAAUAUUAACUUCAGUAGUGUUGGUGAUAAAAGAUGGUUUUAGAAUUAACUUGUUACCAUAACAUUAAUUUCAACUAUAUAGACAAGUAUAUUUUAAUUCUCAAUCAUGUAUUUAAACUUUAUCAUCAAUACAGUGGAGGUGGCCAUGCAUCAGAGUAGCAUACAACCAAAUUAUUAACCCUGAAACUAAAUUCCAGCUGGUAGCCCUUUAAUUUUGGAAUUGAAAUACUGUUCCUAUAUGAUAAAGGUUAAACUGAAAUUACUACAAUACAAUGUAAUAUGGAUAAUGUGGACCUCAAAAGUAACAACUGUCAAAUGAUAUACUAACAAAGAAUGAAAAAGUAACAAAAAAUAUACUUCUGGUGUGAGUGGAAUGAUUCAUUUACAGAUUGUAUUUAGAUUCUGAAUUACAUCAGAUCCACUUUUGUUAUUUGGUUAUUUUAUUAAACUGAGACAUUCUGAACUUUGGAAAAGAUACUUGUAAUCUGGCCUUGUUUUUGUUAUUCUAGUUGUAUGUGAAUUAGAGAGGAAAAGAGCACAAACAGGCUAAGGGCCUACAUACCUAACUUUAUGAUGAAUUUUAUACAGACUCUUAGUGACCUAGGAAAGUUCAGGAAUUACAAAAAUGCUUUACUCUUGUUGCAUUUUCCUUAUAGUAGGCUCAAAUUUCUUUGGGAUGAGAAUCAUUGUUAUGGAAUACUAAGAAAUUCUGCUGCUUGUAUUUUCACCCUAACCUCUCUCUAAUAUGGUCAGAAGAAUAUUUUAUGUAAUCUAUGUCUGUCAGUUCUUGGACUGAAAAUGUGUACCUGCUACAAAGACUAGGAGGUCAGCUGUACUCCUCCAAAUGCAACAAGAAAGAUUACAGUCUCUGCAAUGCAAUAAUGCUAUGAACAAACAUAAUGCAAACAAGUAAAGUAAAGUGGAUGUUUAGAAAAUACUAAUCAUAAAUGGUGCUAAUAAUUUUUCAGUAUGUAAUGCAGGUAUUGUUGCAGAAGCUUAAUAACUGGUUUAUUGUAUAUUUAAAAAAAGUAAGUGCAUUACUAUAAUCUUGAAAGAGAUCUGUUGAAUUUGUAUUCCACAUAGUGUAUUUGAAGAUGUAACAAUCAUUGAAGUAUAUCUGUUAUACUUUCUGGUAAUAACAUUUUUAGGGAAAUGAACUUGUAUUGUGAGAAGCACAACACUAUUGCUGGAAUAUUAACUCACAUUGAUGGAAUAUUGGACUUCAGUCAAAAACAUGGGUGCCCAUAAAGGUAGUGGCUUUAAAACAGUAACUUGUUUUGUAACUUCAAAUUAACAUCCUGUGGACAACCAUGGUUUGCCCUUUACAUUGCAGUAGUAUUUCCUUCUUUUUCAGAGCCAAAAUUAUAAUUUGUAGACAUAUCUGUUUUGAAGACUUAGUUAACCCAAAAUCAUGACAAGAGGCACCAUCAAAUUGGCAUCAAUGUUUGAAAAUAAGUAAGCUUAAUAUUACUUUCUAUUUGUUUGGGUUUUGGAAGAAAAUGUAACUUAGUCUGAUUUGUCAUAAAAAGUUGUUAUGGCCAAUUGUUAAUACCAAGGAUGAUACCCCAUAAUAGUGGGUCUUCACAACAUAUACAACAUUAUUAUUUGUUUUCAUUAAUCAUGUUAGACUUAUCAGAGACAUCUGCAGAGAGGUUAUAUGAUUAUGGGAGCCAUUUAAAUUCUUAGCUAAGAUGGGGUAAAACAGAUUACCAACACAGGGAUAGAUCAGUUUGUCAUUCACAGAAACAGACCUCCAUAUCUGCAUCAUCUAUGCAUUAUACAUUUUGUGGGUUGAAUGACAUGUGACAGUUGGAAUAUAAUUUAUCAGGUUGGGAUUUGUAGUAAUGUAGUUUGCAACCUAUCUGGUGUAUCCAAGGCAGGAGUUGACUGUACCAUUUGAAGUACCACGCUGGAUCUGCGAACUCUGCUGCCAGAGGUCAAUCACUCUUGAGAACGGGACUAGCGAUCGUCCAUCUAUCGACGGUUAGUUGAAGGUUCGUGGCAAUAGUCAGGUCAUGUUCAGUCACCUGGCCAACAUUUACCUGUGAACAUGUCUGCAAGAUUCGUCGUCCUGUUGUUCGCAUGCUCGUGGGUUCUGGGACUGUGUUGCGUCAUUACAACGAAUCCACAACAAUCGUGGAUUGUGACGACAGAGGACACAAGCUCCUUUACUGGGAAUGACGACUUUCAAUCGCUAGCGGUCGAGUUCCAGCCCACAAUCGAAGGAGAAACAAUGGUCACAGGAGACAGGACAGAGUCUACCACAGUGACAGAUCAGGAGUGGUACACCACACCAACAUCACAUCAAGAGCAUGUUCCAGGAACAGACCAAGUAUCACCUGAAAAUGACCCAGCUCUAUUACAAAAAAAUCAGAUCUCCAAUCGAAAAUGCAGCUCAACUAAUGAGAAAUGCAACAUUCUGGUAAAUAACCUGUAUGUGCUGUCUGACAUAAAACACCGUUAUGCUAGAACUGUGGUCUACAGCAGAAUUGAAAACACAGGGGACACCUCAGACCAGGCCUUGUUCAGAGUGACACUGCCUGACACAGCUUUCAUCACCAAAUUCCUUAUGGAGAUUGAUGGGAAAGUGUAUGAAGCACAUAUUAAGAAAAAAGUUCAAGCAGAAAAAGAAUACCAGGAGGCUUUAGAGUCUGGCCAUACUGCAGCACAUGUUGGUACCAGUGCACGGGAUUCUAACAUGUUUGUGGUGUCAGUGAAUGUGGCAGCAAGAAGCAAAGUGGCAUUCAAUUUAACUUAUGAAGAGUUGCUCACUCGUCGGCUGUCUGCUUAUCAUCACACCAUUACUCUCACACCAGGACAGGCUGUGCAAGACCUUAAUGUAGAUGUAUUUAUUCAGGAGAUAAGAAACAUCACACUUCUAAACGUAACAACUUCUGAUGAUAGAGGAAUUUUACAAUCAGCAGAUGAUGAAGUCUUGGUGGAGUACCUGUCUCCACUGUCAGCUCAUGUGCACUAUGCCCCAAGUGAAAGCAAGCAGCAGAGUCGGCUGGGGUUUGGAUUGCAGCAGCUUAUUAUAGAAUAUGAUGUAGACAGAUCAAUAAGUCCUGCAGGUGAUAUCAUGUUCAUGGAUGGAUACUUUGUCCACUUCUUUGCUGCUGAAGAUGUUCCUCCACUGCCAAAACAUAUAAUCUUCGUUGUAGAUACAAGUGGUUCCAUGUGGGGCCGCAAGCUUCAACAACUCCAACAGGCCAUGUACUCCAUCCUUGACAGCCUCAGGGGGGAUGAUUAUUUUAGCAUCAUUCAGUUUGGUACAAAUGUUGUAGAAUGGUCAAAUCGUCUACAGGACAUGGUCGGACUCAACAGAUACAGCAUGACACAUGAAGCUUCGGAAACCAACAUUGCUAAAGCUAAACAGUUCAUAAAAUCCAUGGAAGCUUCUGGUGGCACCAAUAUCAGUGGAGCAUUGAGAAAGGCACUGCAAUUGGCUGCCAAGCAGCAGUUUGGUGCUCAUGCUGUUGAUGCAACUGGUGAAAAUAGCAAUUUAAGAUCAGAAGAUCAUCCAAAGCCCAUGUUAAUGUUCUUGACUGAUGGAAUUGCAACAGCUGGUGAAUUGCUGUCAUCUAAGAUCUUGGCACAAAUACGAGCUCUCAACACAGAAAUUAGGGCACCCAUAUUUAACCUUGCUUUUGGUGAUGGAGCCAACUACAGAUUCCUGAAGAAGCUGUCACUACAGAAUUAUGCCUUUACAAGGAAAAUUUAUGAAGCAUCUGAUGCAGCACUGCAACUCCAAUCAUUCUACAAUGAAAUAGCAUCUCCUUUAUUAGCAAAUGUCUCAUUUGCUUAUUUAGAUGGCAAAGUGGACAAGAUAUCACUCACCACUAAUUGGUUUCAUUCAUAUUAUGGUGGAAGUGAAAUAAUUGUAGCUGGAAAAGUCAGCAGUUCUAACAAGGAUCAGGUGUAUGAAGACCUGGGGGCACAUGUCAAUGCUUGGAGUGGAACUGAGCAUAGGGAAGUGUCAUACAAGCCCUUCUGCAUCUCCAAGAGUAGCCUGACUGAGCGUAGGAAACACAGUUAUGGUGGGUCUCUGGAGCGAAUGUGGGCAUAUCUCACAGUACGUCAAUUGUUGGACCAGUAUCUCGCCUCCACAGAUAAAGACAGUGAUCCCCUUGGAACGACAGAAUUGAUCAAGGAAAAACAAGCAGACUAUGAAGACUCCAGUCCCAAGGCAAGAGCCUUGAGUCUGGCUCUGAAGUAUGGAUUUGUGACACCAGUCACAUCUUUGGUUUUGGUGAUACCAGUGAAUGGAUCUGAAGAUGGAGUGUCUGAACUGGUGAAUGAUCCUGUUGGUAGUAAUGUACUUGAUCCUGUCCCAUUUUUUGAGUCACCAUUCCUUCAGAACAAAAUCAUGCCUGUGCCAACCAUUCUUUUCAAACCACCAUCAGCGACCAUUAAACCGGCAUCAGAGCUUACUACAAGUCUUCCUACAACUACAGUCAGUAAUAUCAAUGGUUUGCCCCACAUAACUAACUUCACACUGGCAGAUGUGUCAUGGCUGUUGGACUACUUUGAUUCUGAGAAUCAACUCAUUGUUGUAACCAAUGACAGCUUGAUAAACAACUCAACCUACCUGGUUGGUGAAUUGCCAAAAAAUUUAGAGGUUCUUGAGAAUGCAGAGAAAUGCACAACCCCUGAUGGAGAAAUUGGAUUCUGCCGCACCAUGCCAAGUUGUGUGCAGGAAGAAUUCAUGGAUGACUACCAGACUUUUAUCAAGUACUUUUGCUCCAUUGGAAGGUAUGCUGGUGUGUGCUGUCCUUAUCACUUCUUAAAUAAUGACAUCUUACUUACAACAGAAAUUCCAGCUGUUGAUUAAAUAAUCAUUUUGAAAAUUAAUUAAAAUUGUGAGAAAUCAGGA